AUGGCUCACGAUGGAUCGUUGCAUCUGUCUCGGCCUCUUGGUCCCGCCGCAGUUGGUGUUCAACCCACAGUGGCUCCUCUUCGUGUCGUGAUACAACCCCAGGCCCUUUUCUCAAUCCUGGAUCACUGUUCCCGCCGCCCUCCAGACCAACAACGAGUCAUUGGCACCCUCCUAGGAACUCGCUCCGAUGCCGAUGAGUCCCAAGUCGUCGUACACUCCUCCUUUGCCGUCAGUCACACCGAGACCACUGAUCAGGUGGAAGUCGAUAUGGAAUACCAAAAGGCCAUGCUUGCACUACACCUUCGCGCCAACCCCAAAGAAAUCCUGGUGGGAUGGUAUGCGACGAGUUCGGAACUUAACACUUUCUCGGCCUUGAUUCAAAACCACUACAGCAGUCAAGGUGAAGGUACAUUCCCAUAUCCUGCUGUCCACGUUACAGUCUCGAGCCAGCCGGGCAAAGACGUCGAAGUCAGGACGUACAUUUCAUCGCCCGUCGGCGUGAGCCCCGAACGGGCAGCCGAUUCCGCCGCAUUUAUCCCCGUCCCCUACGCCAUCAACUAUAGCGAAGCCGACCGCGCAGGUGUCGAUGCCAUCCAGAACGCCAAAUCCUCGGAAAACGGCACAGGUACUGCACUGACGGAUAUUGAGAAUCUCGAACGAUCAUUGGAGGACACGUUGGGCAUGCUCGACCGGGUGGCCAAAUACGUGGAAAACGUGAUUGAAGAGGAAGAAGAGCCCUCGACUGCCUUGGGUCAAUUUCUCCUGAACACGCUCGCUCUCGCGCCCAAGGUUGACCCGGCCGAGAUCGAGAAGGACUUCAACAACCAUAUCCAGGAUGUGCUCACCAUUUCAUAUCUGGCCAACAUGGUUCGCACACAGAUGGAUCUGUCUAAUAGACUAGCAACAGCACAAUUGACGAUUGGUGGAGGAGAGAGCACAGGAGCAGGUGGAAACGAAAAGGAAGGUGGACGGGGUGAUCGAAGAGGAAACAGACAAGGAGGAGAUAGACAGAAUCGACAGAAUCGGGGAGACAGCCUGUCAGUGGCCAAUUUGUGA